UGAAAAAAAGAUUGAUAUACUUUAUCUUCCCAUAAUCCGAAUUCCAGAAUCAAAGUACAAUGGCAGCAGCUCAAGUGCCUAAUGAAAAGUUAGGAAACCCCAAGUCCAGCAGAAGAAGAAGAAAGAAGAGAAGAACUGAAGAUUUUUCGUCGGAUGAGUCGUCAUCUUCGUCUUCUUCCGAUUCUGAUAACGAUAAAGAAGAAGAAAUUAAGGGUUCUGAUAAUAUUGAGAAUGGGAAAACCCCAAACAUAGAUGAUAUUGAUAUAGAUUCAGAUGAUGAAAAGAUAACAAAUAAUAAAAAUGAAACUGAACUUCUAUCACAAGAAACUCAAAAGCAGAUAAAUGAAAUUAAAUUUACUUCGAAUACAUUGAAUUCAAAUAACACUACUAGAACCGCAGAAGAAAUAAAACAAACCGUUGACAAAGAUAGAAACGACCUAGAAAGUCAAUUUUUGGGAUUAAUGGCAAGUAAUUUUUCGGACGAUCUAGAUGAAUUGAGAAAAAAACCUGACUUCACUGAUAAGAGUUUGGUAAUGUUGGCUAAAGUGUUACAAUCGGGAAGUAACAUAUUUGAUGAAGAUUCUUUGGAUGCUCUAAUUAAAAAUUGAGUAUAGCUUUUAAAGGUUUGGAAGCCUCUGUAUAUUAUUAUUUGAUAGAUUUAACUUGGUUC